GUGUUAACUUCUUCUUCUUCUAAAUUCCAGCUUUUAUCUAUUUCAUGCAUUUUGUAACUACUACCAAAUGAGGGAAUAUAUUAACGGUUAUGAAAAGUUAUCUAAGUAUCUUUACGGAAUGUUGGUAAAAUGAAGGUAAACAAAAAGUAAAAAUUUUCCGGCUAAUAUAUAAACAAAAAGCAAUUAAAUGCAAGCACAACGGAUUAUUAUAAUACACCCUGGAUCGCUUUAUGUCAGAAUAGGAAGAGCCUCAGAUCUUAAUCCUAUCACACUUUUACAUGCAGUAGCCUACCGAAAGCGUGAAUCUACAUCUGCUCAAGGACAUAAAGAUGCGUUACUCCCACACGUGCAAGGUUCAGCAGAAACUCUUGCCGAGUUUGAAGAACAAAGGCUUCAAGUUUCGCAUUCAAUACAAUCGUAUGCACCACUUCAAGAAACUUAUGAACGCAGUGCCAAACGUCUGCGAGUUGCCACGCCACCACAACAAAUCGCAACUUUCAACAGGCGAAGUGUUCCAGAGGAUCUUCCGAUUCUAGACGACAACAUUUGCAAUGAUAACAAUGAAAAUAUUGUGAAACUUGAAAUGCUCUUUGACAAGGAUAUUUUAGAGUUAAACGAAAAAGAAGCUAGUGCUUAUGACAUUCAUUUUCCAAUGAGGCGUGGUGAAUUAAAUCUGCAUAAAAGUGUGGGUGGCUCUACUGCAGCAAUCAUAUCUAGCAUGGAAAAGAUUUGGUUGUAUGCAUUGAAAAAUCAUUUAAAUAUUGCGGCAGAUGCAUUACCACAUUAUAGUGCUGUGUUGGUUGUAUCGGACAUCUAUAAUCGUAGUCAGCUACGAGAAUUAACAACAUUAUUAUUACAACGAUUAAGAUUUCGUUCUUGUUUUUUAUUACAAGAUCAUGUUGCGGCCACUUUUGGGGCUGGUUUAAGUUAUGCCUGUGUUGUAGAUAUUGGGGAUCAAAAAUGUUCCAUAUCUUGUGUGGAGGAUGGUAUUAGUCAUCCAGAAACACGUGUUCGACUUUCUUAUGGUGGUGGUGAUGUAACACAAGUAUUUUUAAACCUUCUACGCAAGUGUAGCUUCCCUUACAAAGAAUGUGAUGUUGAAAAGGGCUAUGCAGACGCAACAUUAAUAAUGCAUUUGAAAGAACGCUUUUGUCAUCUUACAUUAGACGUGUGUGGAGCGCAGGAGCGGUGUUUUGAGGUAAAGAAAGGAAAUAAACGAUUACGAUACACUCUUCAAAUAGGUGACGAAUGUGUUGUGGCGCCACUGUGCCUUUUUCAUACAGAACUACUUAAUAUUACUGGUAAAACAAAACAAGCUAAAGUCCAGUUGCGUAGUAGCCAACAACCGGAUCCGGAAGAUUGCUUUGAUGCGGAAUAUAUACGGGAAACAGGACGACGAAAUGGAGUACGAGAUCAAUUACUUGAAGGAUCGAUACCAGUGACAGGUGAAGUGACCGAAGAAGAUUUAGUGGUAGACGAUGUGGUAGACCGUGACACCAAUAAUAAAACUAGUGAUAAAGAUGAACUUUUGUACAUCGUAAACGGACAAAUUAUGCCCAUUGAUCAGGCUAUAGUGCGUAGUAUUGAACGCUGCUCCACGGAAGAGAUUAAGCGCAAAAUGUAUAGUUGUAUAUUGCUUGUUGGAGGAAGCACGAAAUUUUCGGGUUUCUCAAAAUGGCUAGAACAACGUGUUAUGCUCCAAUUGGCGGCCACUUCAACGUCAUACUCUGCAUUUGAAGUUAAUGCAUUCAGUAGAGAGAUGGAUGCAGGUAUGAUAGCUUGGAAGGGAGCGGCUAUAAUGUCUUGUUUGGAGAGUGCGCCUGAGCUAUGGAUAUAUUCCAAUGAAUGGGAGAAGUAUGGUUUACGAAUAUUGCGCGAAAAAGCACCGUUUAUAUGGUAAUUGAUAUUUAUUUUUUUAUGGUGUUAAAAACCUUAACCUAAAAAAGCAACAAUUGAUUCAGUUCUAUAACAAUGGUACUGCUUAUAGGAAUGUUCACAUACAAAUAAAAUCUGAUGAUAUUUAUCACUUUAAAAAACAAAUUGAUUAUUAGUAUUUACAAAUUUAAAACAGCAUUACUACAACAAGAAAUAUUAAUAUUUACAAAAAAAUAUAUAUAUCAAUUUCAAGAAUGGGAGUUCAU